AUGGCCGCGAACCUCGGCGAGCAGCGGGAGUGGGCCGCCCCGUUCGGCGCCGCCGCGGCCGCUCGGGAAGAGGCGGCGGCGCCCGCCGAGAACCCCGAGUGGGAGAAGGGCGGAGCGCAGUACGCCCCCCCCGGGCAGGGGGACCCCUCGGUGGCGCAGCCCCCCCAGUACUACCCCUGGUACCAGCCCUACGGGGGGGGCUACUACCCCUACGGCUACUACUACCCCAUGCAGGGGGUGUACCCCGGCUAUGGGGCGCCCCCCGCCCCGUACCCCACGGGGGGAGGGGGCUCCUACGCCCCCCCCCAGCAGCCGCAGCCGCCGCCCCCGCCCCCCCCCAGCCGCAGAGUGGGCUGGCCCAGCAGCCGCCCGUGCCCGGCCUGGAGGAGCCGUCGCCCUUCGGGACCCCCCAGCCCCCCGCCGCCCCCCCCCAGCCCCCUCCCCACGCGGGGGGGGGAGGGGCGACCCCCCCGGGGGGCUCGGCCCCCUACCCCUCCCCCCACUACGGGGAGGGGCCCCCCCGAAGGGCAAAAAGGGGGGGGGCAGCUCUGGAGCCGCAUGAAGCAGGCGCCGGGCUCGGGGGGUCUCAAGUUCCAGCUGCCCAAGCGUGCCCCGUUCGCGCUGCCCCCCCCGGGGUUCGGGGGCCCCUCGGGGCCGGAGAAGCUGCACGGGGGCCACGGUGAAUCCCGUGGCUCUGUGGGCCGGGGGCGCCCCGAGGACUGGCCCCCCGAGAUGAAGGCGUACGUCCAGCGCUGUUUCACCGCCUGCGAGAGCGAGGAGGACAAGGACCGCACCGAGAAGCUGCUGAAGGAGCUGCUGCAGGCGCGGCUGCAGGACGGCUCGGCCUUCACCAUCGACUGGAGCCGCGAGCCGCUGCCCGGACUGGGCCGCGAGGGCACCACCAGCCCCAAGAAGAAGCGCUGGGAGCUGCCCCCGUCCCGAGCCGGCCCUGCAGGGCCAGGACCCCCCCAGAACCCCCAAAAUGCCCAAAAUUCGCCCCAAAACGCGUCCGGGAGGCCCCCCCAGAACCCCCCGCGGGGGGGGGGGGCGGCCCCGGGGGGGCCCCGGGGGGUUCCCGGGGGCAAAUUCGGGAACCGGAACGUGUUCGUGCCGGAGCACAGCUCGUCCUCCAGCGGCUCCCGCUCCCGCUCCUCCUCCCGCUCCCCGGGACGGCCCUGCCGGCGCAGACCCAAAAUAACCCAAAAUAACCCAAAAUAUCCCCAAAUAACCCACCCCAAACCCUCCCGCUCCUCCUCCCGCUCCCCGGGGCGGCCCUGCCGGCGCAGUGACUCGGACUCAGACUCCGGCUCGGGGCCCGAGCUCCGUCCCGGGGGGCGCCGGGCGGGUCCCCAAAAGCCGCGGGGCCGGGGGGGACCCCUGGAGAGGGGCCGGGCCCGGGGACAGCGCGGCAAGAGGCCGGAGCCGUGCCCCCCUCGCCGCGGGCGCCGCCGGCCGCCGCCGGAGCCGGAGGACGGGGACCGGGACCGGGACCGGGACGUGCGGCGGCAGCGCCGGGCCCAGCGCUUCCAGGGGGGCCUGGGGGGCUCGGGGGGCGCCGGGACCCCCAAAAAACCCCGGCCCAACCCCCCCCCGGCCCCUCCCCCACCGCCCCCCGGCCCCUCCCCCGCCGGGGACACGGACUGGGAGCAGCUGAAGGUGUCGGGCACCUGCCAGGAGGUGACCAAGCGCUACCUGCGCCUCACCUGCGCGCCCGACCCCAGCACCGUCAGGCCCGUGCCGGUGCUGCGUCAGGCGCUGGCGCUGGUGCGCUCGCACUGGGCUGAGCACCGCGACUACGCCUGGGCCUGCGAGCAGCUGAAAUCCAUCAGGCAGGACCUGACGGUGCAGGGCGUGCGCACGGAGUUCACGGUGGAGGUGUACGAGACCCACGCGCGCAUUGCGCUGGAGAAGGGUGACCACGAGGAGUUCAACCAGUGCCAGACGCAGCUGAAGGCGCUGUACGGGGAGAGCCUGGCGGGCUGCGAGGGCGAGUUCACGGCGUACCGGAUCCUCUACUGCCUCUUCACCAACAGCUCCGGAGAACUGACCACGGAGCUGGCCCUGCUGCCCCCUAACCUGCGCUCUGACCCCGCUGUGACCCACGCCCUGGCCGUGCGCGCCGCGUGGGCUCUGGGGCUCUACAGCCGCUUCUUCCGCCUGCAGCGCUCGGCCCCGGCCAUGGGCCCGCGCCUCAUCGACCUCUUCGCCGAGCGGGAGCGGCGCCGCGCCCUGCGCGCCUUCCUCAAGGCCUUCCGCCCGGCGCUGCCGACGGCCCAACUGGGGCCACUUGUGGGGCUGGAGCCCCCCGAGCGCCGCCGCUUCCUCGGGGGGCUGCCCCUGACCUACACCGGGCCCGACCGCGGCGCCAUCGACUGCCGCCAGAGCCUGCCGGCCCUGCCCCACAUCUGACCCACAGCUGACCCACAGCGGGCCCAGGGCUGACCCACAGCACAGCCUGCCGGCCCUGCCCCACAUCUGACCCACAUCUGACCCACAGCCUGCCGGCCCUGCCCCACAUCUGACCCACGGCACAGCCUGCCGGCCCUGCCCCACAUCUGACCCACGGCACAGCCUGCCGGCCCUGCCCCACAUCUGACCCACGGCGGGCCCACGGCGGGGCUGCCCUGACCCACAGCUGACCCACAGCUGACCCACAGCUGACCCACGGCACAGCCUGCCGGCCCUGCCCCACAUCUGACCCACGGCGGGCCCACGGCAGGCCCAGGGCUGACCCACGGCAGGGCUGACCCUCCUCUGACCCACAUCUGACCCACAGCGGGGCUGACUCUUCUCUGACCCACACCUGACCCAAUGCGGGGUGACCCACAGCAGGGCUGACCCUCCUCUGACCCACAGCGGGGCUGAACCGCAGCAGUCCUGCCCCACAUCUGCCCCAUACAUGACCCACAGUGGGGCUGACCCUCCUCUGACCCACAUCUGACCCACAGCAAGCCUGACCCACAGCGGGGCUGACCCUCCUCUGACCCACAGCAGGGCUGACCCACAGCAGAGCUGACCCUUCUCUGACCCUCCUCUGACCCACAUCUGACCCACAGCAGGGCUGCCCCACAUCAGCCUUGACCAGCAGUGGGACUGACCCACAGUGGGCCUGACCCAUGGCAAGGCUGAACCGCAGCAGUCCUGCCCCACAUCUGACCCAUACGUGACCAUCAGUGGGGCUGACCCGCACCAGCCCUGCCCCACAUCUGCCCCACAGCCUCUGUGGGUCAGGCAGCGAGCUGUGGGGCCCGGACCCGCCCCAACCACGGCUGCUGCCCCACAGCUGCUGCCCCAUAACCUCCUCUCCCCCCUCAUCCGCCGCAGAGGAGGGGAUGUGGGGCCGGAUCUGCCCCAUAAGUGCCCUCAGCAGCCACGGAGGGGCGGGGGGGGGAUUUGGGGUGGGCAGGGGGCGACUUGUGGGGCCGCCCCACGGCGCGGGUUUGGGGCGGGACGUGUGGGGCAGAGCCUCAGUUGUGGGGCAGAGCCUCAGUUGUGGGGCAGAGCCUCUGUUGUUGUGGGGCAGAGCCUCAGUUGGGGGGCAGAGCUCGGGGCCGCCCCACAUCUCUCUCUCUUCUCCCUACUGCCGAGGUGCGACCCCCAACCCCACGGAGCGACCCCCGCCCCACGGAGGACGGCGAGACCCACCGAGAGACCCCCGAGCCGCGGCCCCCGCCCCACACGGAGCCUCCAGCCCCACGGAGAGGCCCCACCGCGCCCCCCAACAAUGGAGCCGCCCUCCCCCGCCCCACAUCGCCGCCAGAACGGGGGGGGGAGGGGCUCCCCCCGCGCCCCACAGCCGCCGUGGGGCGCUCGGGCCCCACAGCCGCCGCCGCCGCCGCUCCUCCUCCUCCUCCCCCGAUCUUUGCGCUGCUCAAACCCUUUUUUUGGUUCGUAUUUAAUUUAUUUCCACUUCCCCUCCCCCACCCCACACGCCCCUCCCCCACCCCGCCCCUCCCCCCACGUCUCUUCGCAGGUAAAAAUCGCCCCUCCCCCCUUCCCCUCCCCCCAUCCCCCCACCUUUUCCUUUUCUCUUUUUUAAGCUUUUUUUGGACAGAAUAAAAGAAGGAAAAUAUAAAAAAAAAGGACAAAACUAAAAAAAAACGGGGUUGGAAUGUGGGGUGGGUGGGGGAGGGGCGGGGUGGGGGUGGGGGUGGGGGAGGGGAAUUUGUACCCGCAGAGAUUUAAAAUAUAUUUCUAUAAAAAGCUGCGCCCUUUCCCCA